GAUCAAGCAAGAACCUAGUUGCCCCAUGGCCUCGCCACUGCCAGCCAUCUUUUGGCUGUCACAAGAUGUGGCAGGGUUGGCGAAAAAGACCACCCAGGAGCUGAGGCUGGCAUUGCUGGAUGAUCUUGAUAGACACUUGGGUGUUGUCGGCGCAAGACCACCUGCGGUGGAAGAAGAGGUUGAGCGUUUUCUUCUGAGAGGCCGGGUCUCAGACUCGAACCUGAGCAGAUUGGAGAGGAGAUUGCGAGCUAGGCUUGCAGGCAGUGGAUCUGGAUGUGGCAGAUCUCAAAGCAGCUAUUCAGCCAGGUCUGAGGCAACUGAGAAAUUGCGAGGCCUUUCGCGUGGUUGCAGCUCUGCCCGGAAGGAAACGCCAAGAAUUCAGACUUCUGAAGCUGGUGAUCUGCAAAGGGUGCCAGAGGAUGAGAUGCUUCGCUGGUCACAGAUCGCCAAGUUGGCAAGAAAAGAAGCAGAGAUAGAAGAAACACGGAAAAGGGAAGCAAGGAGGAUCGCCCAAAAAGAGAUGAGAGCAUUUCUUCAGAAGCAAGUGGAUCAAAAGAAUUUGAGACAAAAACAGGCUGCUGAAGAUGAACUUGAAUUCUUCCAGAUGCAAAAGGCGGAUUUGGAACGUUGGAAGCAGGACCAGGUCACCGAGGCUCAAAAUCGGCUGCAGCAGCUGCAGCUGGUGAUCCGAGAUCGUGCAGUCCAUAGCGAGGCAGCGCUGCAGCAACGGGAAGCCGAGCGGAAGCGAAGAUCCAGUGAGGAUCGUCGUUUAAUCCUGCGAGCUGCCAGAGAACUUGAGCUCGAGAAGCGAGCUGUUGAGGAGAAAAGGCACGAAAGGCGAAUAGCACACACCGCACUUGUUCAGGAAGCCCUCAAGGAGAAAAAGGCAGGCCCUGAGGCUCGGGCACAAAGAAUUCAAGAAGAGAAGCAGAGACUUGAAGAGUAUUCCAAGUUCUUGGAAGCACAAGAGGCCCGAAGCAAAGCUUCAAAACCUCGCAUUCGAGAUCAAACUCCAGCAGCUCCACCACGUGCAAAGCGCAAAGGUGAAGAAGUGUACUACGAUCCAGAAAUUGUCAUGAAGAUUCGCAAUGAGGCUAUGGCCCGUGCUGAGCAGGCUGAGCUGUCCAAGCAAGAACACUUGAAGAUGGAAAGACAUCUGAAUCAGGCCUUCCUUUUCCAGCAAAUUGCUGAGAGGGAGGAGAGCAGAAGACGAUUCAUGGAGGAACAGAAAGAUCACCAGAAGGCUGCUGCAGAUGCUGCUGCAAAGGAAUAUGAAAUGGCGGAACAGCAGCGUAUAGAACAGCAGAAGAUGAAGAACAUGGAGUAUCGCUUGGAGCUUGAUCGACAGACAUUUGAAGAAAAUGAUGCAGCAACUACAAGAAGAUCAGAUGAGCGGAGCAGAGAAGGCCAUGAAUCGAAACUAUGUCAUGGAGGCCAUGAAGAAGACUUGCAGCACGAGCGACAGGGCCCCAGAUGAGUGAACUGCCAUCUUCUUCUUGGAAUUCAUUACUAAAACAUACGUACUAAAACGCAAAUAUGCGGUUGUGUGAUCGCCAUUGAAAAUAUGAUUGUCUUGAAAAUGAGAUUUGGCUUACGGAAUGCAUCAUUGUUGUGCUGUUCUGCUCUCAUGCCAUCGUCACUGAACGAUGAAUCUGCAAUGAAGGAACCCUUUAGUGCCACAAGGUGCCAGAAUCCGUGGCUUGCCUUGUGGCGUUGACGAUUCAAUGUGAAGCACGCAUUGACCGCAUUGACUGCCAAAA